AUGACAAACAAGAAAGGGCAGCAAGAAAUGGUCCAGACAACUCCGAGUAUGUUCAAACCCUCCUAUAUUCACACACUACCGAGAACCUUGACUGAGAAUAAUUUAAGACGUGCAGACUCUCCAUUCUGGGCUGGACGGGCAACAUCCCUGAAUCAGUCGUCCCCAAAGAUUUAUGGUCAAAACACCGUUGUGGGCGCUUCAUAUUCCCAUGCCAAUAUUUUACAAGGCACAUCAUCCCACCCUCGCCCCAGGACGCCCCCGAAACCCUCCGCCACCAAUGCGCCCUCGCAUCUGGCUCACCGAUCUGGAAACGUCGCCUCCCCUCCAAACGCUCCAUAUGCCAUUAUGACCGACGGAGUAGACGAGUGGAGCAGAGACCCAACUGAAGAAGACGAAGAAGACGAUGAUGAAAUUGUGUAUGAUGACGAUGAAGAUGAAUUUGGGCUUCCAAGUCUUGCGAGUAUGAGACGGAAAAAGACAUCCUUAAAAUCAAAGAAAAUCGAUCCCGGGGGGUUCAUGGGAGGGAAACCUGGCUCCCUUGGUUUUGGGCUUUCAGCCAACAACCGCCAGCGAGCAAACAGCUCAGACAUCGCCGAAGAACGCGGCACACCCAUGUAUCCAACGGCGCGCAAGAGCGAUGAAAAAAUACUGCGACCGCAGUACAAAGAUAUUUUACAAGAUCCUGCAAAUGCUCUGAAUCUCAUCAGUCACACCCCGCCUCCCACCAAUGCGUCCCCCAAGGAGAGGGAGAUUCAUUCGAGUCGUAUCACUCGAAUCAAUAAGUUUAAACGUAUCCUCCAGGCUAGUACCGUGUCCCUUACUGAACUCCGAGAUCUGGCAUGGUCUGGGGUACCUGAGGAAGUUCGGCCGAUGACGUGGCAACUCGUGCUCGGUUAUUUACCUCCGAACAGCGAGCGACGUAUCUCGACCUUGGAGAGAAAGCGCAAGGAGUAUUUGGAUGGCGUUCGGCAAGCAUUUGAACGCGGCAGUGGCGCCGCUUCAAACCCCCCCGCCUCGAGUACUGGACGAGGUAGAGGACUGGAUGAGGCAGUUUGGCACCAGAUCAGCAUUGACGUCCCGCGUACGAGUCCUCAUAUCCCGCUAUAUGGGUACGAAGCGACACAGAGAUCCUUGGAACGGAUCCUGUAUGUAUGGGCCAUUCGGCACCCGGCAAGUGGUUAUGUCCAGGGCAUCAACGACUUGGUGACACCAUUUUGGCAGGUUUUCCUAGGAGUAUACAUUACGGAUCUCAAUGUCGAACAGGGCAUGGAUCCGGGCCAGUUGCCCCGAAGUGUGCUGGAUGCCGUGGAGGCCGAUACGUUCUGGUGUCUGACAAAGCUUCUGGACGGGAUUCAAGAUAACUAUAUUUAUGCCCAGCCAGGCAUCCACAGACAAGUCCGAGCGCUGCGCGACCUUACAAAGCGAAUUGAUUCAGCUCUUGCUAAGCAUCUUGAGCAAGAAGGUGUGGAAUUUAUGCAGUUCAGCUUUCGAUGGAUGAACUGCUUGCUCAUGCGGGAAAUGAGCAUCAAAAACACGAUACGCAUGUGGGAUACGUAUAUGGCCGAGGAGCAGGGCUUCUCACGAUUCCACCUCUACGUCUGUGCCGCAUUCUUAGUUAAAUGGACGGACCAAUUGGUGAAGAUGGACUUCCAGGAGGUUAUGAUGUUCCUUCAAGCAUUGCCCACGAAAGGUUGGACUGAGAAAGAUAUCGAGCUUUUAUUAAGUGAGGCAUUCAUCUGGCAGAGCCUUUUCCAGGAUUCUGCUGCUCAUCUUCGGCCUUCCGGCGACACGCCUCCUGAGAAUGGUAUCUUUUAUUGA